AUGGUGCCUCCUCCGCCGGUUCCACAGCGUCCGUCGUCUCAGAAGUUCACCUUGCGCUUCACAAAUCUGCAGCCUGGCGAGUCUGUCUAUACCCGUCUCCUGAUCGUCGAAGGCACCGUCGGUUCGGGCUCGCCUAGUGGUCAACUCACUGUUUCGCAUGACUUGACCUCAGGCUUCGAAGAGCAAAUCUGGGAGAUCAACCAAGGCUAUUUUAAGGCUCUCGUACCCCUCACACCCGGCAAGAACGACCUGACUCUCAAUUGGACCAUCAAUGGGUCUAGCGAACAUGGCAGCGAGACCGUCUCGGUCACAUACGAUCGGCCUAGCAGUGCUCCACCUCUGCAUCUCGUGAUUGUUGCAGCGUGUGACUCGCCCGUCUGGCAAAACGACGGGCGAAAGCCACCUGUUGUCCCACCAAGGCCAUCUGGAAACGAAGCCACAAAUUCAGCUCAGCCGCGCAAAGCGGACAAAGUUUCCAGAUUCCUGAACAGGGCGAUGGACAGACUCGAUAUAGCCGCAGGACCUCGAGGCGGCCCCGUGGAUGAGGCAGAUCGAGCCAUUGUAGAUGCACCGCCGGGUCCGAGGCGUGAGGCGCUACGGUCGGGGGGCAUCGCCGAGGUCAAGUGUCGCAUCGCUCUACAAGCGUACUUGUGGCAGGCCUUCCACGCGGAGCAGAUGCGAAGACACGGCAUGGGAAGGCGCGCUUUUCAGCUCGACGAUGCGCACUCGGACCCUGCGCCCGGAUCGUCCAGCGCCCCAAAACGUGCGCUGGAGUCACUCCCGCACAUCCACCUGCUCAAGUCACGACGAAGUCUGCGCGAGUUCCGCGAUCCCGAGAAUGCACAGCAAAAGUCCAACGCUCGUAACGCGGGAGCGAUGCACGGCUUCGCUCGUGAAGCGCUCGAGGAUCCAUCGACGCCACAGUUUCUCCGCUGGUCGCCCGUGGCUGUGCUCACGCUCGACACGAUGUACGACGCCAAGAUGCGGCUGAUCCGCGCACAUGCCGCGCUCGGCGCCGGUGGACCCGGCAGUCUGUCGCACGGCGUCAUGGGUAGUCACUGGCUCUGGGCAGCACCCAGUUCGCUGCAGCAGGUCACUACCGCCUUUCUCGAUACGGAGCCGACGGACGAAGAGUGUUGCGUCAACGAUCUGAACGAGUGCCCGACUGCAUGGCAGACGCUCAACAUCGGCUCGGGGGCGUUCUUUCACGAGGCAGGGCAUGCGCUCAAUAAUCCGCACUGGCCGUCGGGCCUCAUGGCGCGUGGAUACGUCGAGUUCAACCGCGCCUUUAUGACGCGCGAGCCCGGAUGUCGACGAAACGGCGUUGCGGCCGGCGGCUUCUUUGCACCCAUUCACGCGGGCAACGACGACGAGCACAACCACAUCCACCGUGCACAGGCGGUCAGAGCUCGCUGGCACCCGUGCUUCUACAUCCCUUCGGAUCCGCCGCUACCGUACCUGCGCGCGAAUGACCAGGCGACAUGGGUGCAGUGGAAUGAAAACGAGCCCGCGUGGACGAGCACCCCGCAAGGCGCGCUGCUCAAGUGCGAGUCCGGCAUCGGCACACUCGAGAUCGAGGUGGAUGGCGCGUACAAGACGCAUAUCGAAUGGCUGAACCUGCCCAUCGAUGGGCGGCCGCCACAGGUGCCUCCCCGACAGACCGUCAUCGACGCAGCCUACCUUAGCCAGAAGGUCGGAUUCGAUGUGAGUCACCCGACCUCCCCUCGCAUCAAGCUCAAUGCGCUCGCAUGCAAUAUGCGACAGGCCGAGCUGCCUGACUUCCGCCAGAACGGUGUCGCUCGUCCACUCCGUUUGCCCGGCAUCGACUCUUCGCGGCGCACCAUCGUGCGGUCGCUUCCUUUCGGGCAGACCAACACAUCGGGUCGCCAGUGGGAUGUCAUCUUUCCGCACGAGCGCGACGACACGCCGCACGCCCAUCUCGUCGCCAUCGACAUCUUCAGCGGCGCGAGCCUCGAUGGGCUCCAGUUCCACUAUGCCAACGGCCCGCGCGUCGUGUUCGGUCCGUGUGGUGGAUCGCCCUUCCGACUAACGGUAGACCGGGGCGAUGCGGUGGCUCAGAUCAAGGUGAGGGCAGGCGCGUGGAUCGAUGCAGUCGAGGUAGUGCUGCGCAGUGGAAAGACGAGCGGGAUGCGAGGCAAUGUGACAGGCGGAUCGCUCCGGACGUUGGAGCCUGCGUCGGGCGAGGGCAGGAUUGUGGGGCUGUAUGGAACGAGCGGCGCAUGGAUGGAUAGCAUCGGCGCAUAUACGAGCGCCCCUGUGUGA